GGCGAGGACUCGGGACUUCUUAAAGGGACCGCAACGACAGAAAUGUGGGGUCGGGAAUUGGGGUAAAAAAAGCGGAUUUUGAGCAAAUUGCCUCCCGCGAUGAUCUCCCAGCUCUUCAUCCUGUCCUCCAAGGGCGACCGCCUGGUGUACAGGAACUUCCGUGGGGAUGGCGGCGAUGACGUCACGGACGCCUUUUACCGCGCUGUCACCUCCCUGCCCGGGGAUCAGGCGCCCGUCUUCAUGGCCCGGGAGGGGCAGCACUUCGUCCACGUGCGGCACGGGGGGCUCUACGUGGGGGCCACAACCACGGCGGAUACAUCGCCGUUCGUCCUGGUGGAGUUCCUGAACAGGUUGGUGACGCUGCUGCGGGAGCACUGUGGGACUCUGAGCGAGAAGAGCGUCAGCGUGAAUGUGGCCCUCGUGCAGGAACUGCUGGGAGAGAUGGUGGACUUCGGAUACGUGCAGACCACCGCCACCGAAGUGCUGCGCAGCGCGACCCACGGGGAACCCGAGACCACCAAAGCCUUCAGCCUGCUGGACCUCCGCUCCGUGGGGCUGUUCGGCGCUGAGACGCAGCAGAGCAGAGUGGCGCCCGGCUCCGUCACCAACCGCCCGGUGCUGCCCCCUCGUGGCGAGCAGGGUGGUCGCAGGGAGGUCUUUGUGGACGUCGUGGAGCGCCUGACGGUCGUCAUUGCUGCCAACGGGACGCCCCUGAAGGUGGACGUGCAGGGGGAGAUCCGGCUGAAGAGCUUUGUGCCUGGGGCCUGCGAGCUGCGCAUGGGGCUGACGGAGGAGCUGAGCGUGGGCACGGAGGAGCAGUGCGGCUAUGGCCGCCUCCCCCUGGCUGCUGUCGCCUUCCACAGCUCCGUGGAUCUGGAGGAGUUUGAGCAGGAGCGCGUCCUGCGAGUCACACCGGGCCCGGGGGAGGUGACGCUGAUGCGCUACCAGCUGGCUGAGGACGUUGCUGUGCCGCUGCCCUUCCGCCUGCUGCCCAGCGUGGAGUGGGAGCCGGCAGGGAGGCUCCGCAUUCACCUGAAGCUGCGCUGUGAUCUGCCCCCCAAAAACCACGCCAUCAACGUCGUCCUGCAGCUGCCGCUGCCCCGGGAGGCGAGCAGCCUGGCGCAGGAGCUGAGCAGCCCCGAACAGACAGCAGAGCUGCAGGGGGGGGGACGGAGUCUGCGCUGGGCCAUCCCACGGUGCCAGGGGGGGGCGCAGCUGGGGGCCGUGUUCAGGGUGCAGCUGCCCCCCACCCCCCCGCUGGGCCUGGGCCCCGCAGCGCUCACCUUUGAGCUCCCGGCGCUGACGGUUUCGGGGCUGCGGCUGCGUUGGCUGCGCCUCUCCGCCCCCCCCGGCGCCCCCCCGGGCCCCCCCCAGCGCUGGGUUCGCCAUCUGACCCACAGCGACUCCUACGUGGUCCGGCUGUGACCUGGGCCGAACCCGGGCCGCUUUUGGGGCGAAUACACGAAGUUUUGGAGCCUCUGA